AUGUCGGUGAUGGCCAAUGGACAAGUCACUCUGGUGAGCCCUUACCCUAAGAAGCUGAACAAGUCCCUGCCCGAAUCGAAGAUGGACAAGCAUUGUAAACGAUUCGGCUAUCGCGAAGAAGAUGUUAUGCGAUGGAAGAAUGUGGAAUAUAAAUGGGAGUAUAAAUCAAGUUACAAGCCGAAUCAUUAUAAUCUAUGGGCUGGCUCGAUGGAGAGGAUCGUCCGAGACCCGGUGACCAAAAAGAUGACUAAAGAGAAGAUACCGCUCGACCUUCGUUGGUCUUAA